AUGUCCAAAACAUGGGCACUCUAUCCGAAGAGCGUGAAGAGGAUUCUUGACAAGACCUGGAGCCGCGAAGUCACGUUUAGGCAGACGUGGCACGGCCCUGAGCGCUCCGACACCAUCGAAGCGGAGCAGUGUCUCAGGCCAAUAAUCGCAAACAGCGAUUCCUCCGAUGAGCUCAACACGAAGCAGCCUCCGGAAGCUCAAACGAGUGCUAGCCAUCUCGAUGUUCAAGAAGAUGGUUGUAUCCGGCAUGCAGAUCAAGGCUCAAGGCUUGAUUGCAACGAGGCAGGAUCAGCCGGUCCGAUGUUGACCUCCGCGAGACGAGACGAUGCAGAAGCAUUGGAUGUGGCAGAGACAGAGGUUGCCAAGGAAGAACCUUACAGCCGCAAGCCCCCGGAAGGCUGCAUUCUUACAUCACGUGAAAGUUCCAGCCUCCUUACCGCCAGCUGGGUGAUGCGUGAGUCGAGACAGGCACCCCCAAAAGAACAGCUUGGCCGAAUUGAGGAACACAAGGGCUACAAAUCUGCACUGGAUGUGUUGCAUGAACUUUCAGCUCGGCAGCCUGCCGAGAAGAGUGCGAGAAGGACCGCACACGGAUCCGAUCGUGCACUUCCUUCCCCAUUGAUCAUGGAACAUCAUCACGUCCAUAGACAUCGUCAUCGGCAUCACCGCCAGGUCAAGGAAUCGGAAGAGGAGGCGAUGCUGGCGGCGCUGAAGGUGCCCAAAUCUUCUCAGCAAGAGGAGAUGACCCUGCGUUUGCCUCCUCUGAACUCCAAGCACGAGCACGCAGCAAAGCGCAAAGUGAAGGUGCCACGAACAUCCUUGUCUCUUCCUGUUCUACGUCACGGCGAGCUCCCCUUCUCUCAAAGGCCUCGAGAUGCUGACGUGAGUUAUCGCCCUCAAGGGGCAGGUACACCAAAUACUGUUACUGCCUCCUCGACUUGCUGCCAGCUUGGAUGUAUGGGGCAAAUUGCGCGGAACUGUGCUCAGGCGUGGUGCGUACUUACGCUUCACUUCGGUGUGGCCGCUGACGACCUGGUGCCGUUGCAGGUAGAACUCCCUCCUGAAGUCGAAAAGAUGUUUGAUGAGAUGUGCGAGCUGGAAGGAGUUACCAAGUCGGAAAUGCUGACCCGCUGGAUAGACGCGCGAUGGGAAGCCAUGGGCUACCAGGAUUCUGAUCUGACCGAGGACGUUCUGGACAAGUGCAAGGAUUCCGAGUGCUCUUUACCUGGGGAGCCCAGGAGCACCAAAGAGCCCAUCGCCGACAGCAUAGCUGAAAGUGGAGAAGGUGUUUCCAGCCCAAGUGCCGGGAGGUCGGCGUUAAGCAGGGAGCAUGAGCCGCUUGAACGCCGGUCACCACCACCAAGUCCAUCAACUCUCGCAUCUGCCAUGGAUGAUGACGAUGACGACGAGGAGGACGGCGUGCCAGAUAUAGAGACCUGGAUGCGUCGAUACGCCUCAAGAGGCUCAGCAGAAGAAGACGAGUGA